UCACUAACACAUGAUGACUGCUUCAAUAUCUGCCACUUUCUCGCCAUAGUUAUUGCGUUCAUAUACAUUCUUUUAGAUCCCUGGGUGCAGACACCAUUCCUUUGAACGAAAUGGAAAUGGAUGAAGUAGAAAAUCCCGAGGAAUCAACAGAGAAUCGAUCUACGAAGGAAAUCAAAAUCCACGAGUUCGAUGACCUUCUCAAAAUAACCGGUGGUUUCGGUCGCUAUCAAAUGGUUCUCUAUGCUUUUAUGUGUCUGGUUUCUAUUCCUACCGGCGCUCAACUCUUAAUUCAGGUAUUUUACGGCGCUUCGCCUCCCUUCGUCUGUGUUUCGACGUCGAGAAAUGAAACAUGUGCCUCUGGUUGCUGUUCAAGUUGCCAUGAGUAUGAAUUCCGUGGCCCUUUUACCAGCGCUGUCUCUCAAUGGAAUCUAAUCUGUGACCGCCGACACCUGAAAGCCAUGACUCAAGCUGUUUUUAUGGCUGGUCUCUUCGUUGGUGCAAUCACAUUUGGUAGCAUCUCGGAUCACUUUGGAAGGAAGUUCUCAUUCUUCUUGAGCGUUGGAGUUCUGGCUACUUUCGCCUCGGCCUCCGCUGUCGCGGACUGUCUGUCGCUGUUCUCUUUGUUUCGCUUCUUUGCCGGGGCUGGGACCGUUGGUUGUUUGUUGGUGCGGUUCGUGUAUUGUGUUGAAAUGGUUGUCACAGCUCAUCGCUCGUACAUAGGCAUGAUCAACUUCCUAUUUCUAACCGUUGGUGGAUGUUUUCUCGCUUUACUUGCUUAUUUAAUACCAAACUGGCGUUACCUCAUGCUUGCAGUGUCGUUACCAAGCUUCCUCCCCAUCAUCGCCUGGUGGUGGAUACCUCGCUCUCCCCGGUGGCUGAUCGCCAACAAUCACCUUGACGAAGCUCACGAAGUGUUGAUGAAAUACGCUAAGUACAACCACGUGACCGUGGAUUCGAAACACCUAAAACACUUGAUUCAAGAAGUCAGAAAGACCGAUGCAAGAAAGUUUGAAGAUGAGAAAUAUGGAAUUCUUGACACGGUGAAAACUCCAAAGUUACGAAAACGAACCCUGAUAAUGUUCUUUAACUGGUGCGCAAACGCGCUGGUUUUCUAUGGCCUCAACUACAACAUUAGGAAUCUGGCUGGAAAUAUGUACCUGAACUUUUUUCUUCUCCUUGUGGUAGAUUUUCCAUCCACUGCAUUAUGUUGUUAUUGCUUACAAAGGUUUGGUCGACGUCUAACGUACUCUUCAUUCAUGACGCUUGCUGGGGUAGCCUGUCUGUUAGCUCUGGCAGUACCAAGUGGUAAAGAAUACCAAGUUGCUGUCAUCGUCCUUGUGAUGUUUGCAAAAUUUUUCAUCAUUUCCACGUUCAAUUCUGUGUAUCUAUACACGGCGGAGCUUUAUCCAACGGUGAUCAGAAACAAUGGCGUUGGACUGUGUUCGAUGAUUGCCAGGAUUGGUGGAAUAACUGCUCCAUAUGUUGUUUUACUGGCUGACCUUCCAAAUCUGAGAAAAACUUUCCCCUUGUUGAUAUUUGGAGCCUUGUCUGUGGCUGCUGGUGUAAUGGCCUUCUGGCUACCAGAAACUGUGACGAGUGAAAUGCCACAGACCGUGGAACAAGCGGAGGCAUGGGAAGAGGAUUAUAAGAUCUACUGCUGUCGAAAACCUAGAAUCCAGUCUCCUCGUGGUGAAGUAGUGAAAGACGAAGAGGAUACAGCAUUAGUGUAGUUCAUUGUGUAAAUGGAAAAAGCUAAAGAACAUCCGUUUUGAUGAGUUCUUGCGAAUCAUGUUAACGACACAAACUGUUUGCAGCCAGUGGUCUCACAAGGCCACAACACAUGCAUCGCAUUUGUUAUUCCUGUAACUCGUCACUUUUUAUCGUCCUCGUGUUUACGUAGACAUUUUUUUUUCUAUUUUCCUACGUUUUACGUUUGAUGUUAGUAUCGGAUGGUUAUGAGAGACCCUUAAUAAAAUCAAGUUCACGCUUUUACAGUUAGGAUAGACUGUCUUACCGAACUACAUUAUUGAUGCAAUUUGGCUAUUCUCCUUACAGCUCCAUGAGAUUGUCUCUAAGCGUAAACUUUAUUAACUUAAUACAAACAUAUACUUAGAAGUGUUGGAGCGGAAAAUUAUCGGAAGUAACAUGGUACCGGUCAAUAUCACCAGUCCACACCGGACUUAUUUCACAUGCACUGGUGAACAUUUUUUGACUCGACAUAGCAGAACACGGUUAGCUGUCAGACACUGGCGUGGUGUGAUUUCCAUUUUC